UGGACGGUCGGCUUCUCGAAUCGAAAACUACGCCUUCUGCUCGACUUCGUACCGCCUUUCGAUCAACAAGAGGCGAUGAAGCAAUCGUUGGCAUGGUAUGAACGAAACGAUUGCAUUCCGGAGCAGCGGCAGUCGAUAACCAUCGCAAAUGAGCGCCCACGAAUGGGUUGA